AUGAAUACAAAAAUAAUAUGGUCAAUAAUUUUAGUUUUGCAGUUACUAUUAAAGGUUAAUUCAGAAAGGGUGUUAGAUAUCACAAAAUAUGGAGCAAAGCCAGACGCAGACAUCAGCGAGGCGUUGAUGAAAGCAUGGAAAGACGCAAUAGAAUCAACAAUGGCAAGCCAGAUCCUGAUCCCAAAAGGGGAUUGGAUAUUGAGCCAAGCUCACAUGCAGGGUCCGAACAAGGCGCCGAUCACCCUUGAGGUGGAAGGAAACCUUAAAGCCUACAAGGAAGUGGAAAAACUCCCCGUGAAGACCCAAGAAUGGGUGACCUUUAACUACGUGAACUUUUUGACCAUCUCGGGCGGGGGCGUGCUCGACGGGCAGGGCCAGGAAGCCUGGCUAUUGAAUGACUGCUACAAAAACACAUCAUGCCCGAAGCUCCCCAUCAACCUGAGCUUGAAUUUCAUCAACAACUCCAUCAUCCAGGAUAUCACCACCAAGGACAGCAAAUACUUCCACGUCAACUGCAUCUCCAGCAACAACGUUACUUUCCAGCGCUUCACUGUCUCCGCCCCUGGUAAUAGCCCUAACACUGAUGGCAUCCACAUCGCCCGAGGCAACCACAUCAAUGUCAUUGACUCCACCAUCGAGACGGGAGACGACUGCGUCUCCAUGGGGGACGACCUCAACGACGUCCUCAUCAAGAACGUGCAAUGUGGGCCCGGCCAUGGCAUCAGCAUCGGCAGUCUGGGGAGGAACGUGCAGGAGAAGGACAUCAAAGGGAUAACCGUGCAGGGGUGUGCCUUCACCGGCACCCAGAAUGGGGUCAGGAUCAAGACAUGGCCCUCAGCCCCGGCCACACUCACCAUGUCCGACCUCCACUUCAUCGACCUCACCAUGGUUAAUGCUGGAAACCCCAUUGUGUUUGAUCAGAAGUACUGCCCAAAUAACCAAUGUGACUUGAGUAAGCCCUCCCUCAUCCAGAUCAGCAACGUCGAGAUCAGCAACGUCAGGGGCACUAGCGCCACCACUGACGCCCUCAGCUUCAUCUGCAGUGAAGCCAAGCCCUGCGAAGAUAUCAGGAUAGGGCUCAUUGAUCUCAAAACCAAUGGAAAAACCCCCACAACUAAAUGUGAAAACAUUAAGCCCAUCUUUUCCUCAACGCAGAGUCCCCGCGUCUGCGCCUAA